GGUUUUUCGGUAUAUUCUCUCUCUCUCUCUCUUAUCCAUUUUUCUAUAUCUAUCUUUAGUAGCUUCAAAAAUGGCUUCUCUGUUCCUCUCCUCUUUCUCUCCCACAAUUUACUCCGAUUUUCCCUCUUCUUCGGAUUUCUACCUGUCGGCCCAGUUCCCGCUCAGUUCUUCGAGCUCAGUCUCUAAGUUUCGGAGGAGGAGCGUGCGUGGGUUCGUUGUUCGGUCGACCCACUCGAAUGCGAGACUUCUCAAGCCCAAAAGGAGGUCGAGGUUUGGCCAGAUUUUGUCACCUUUUGACUGCGAUGGAGAUGGGGAGGAUGUGGAUGUUGAUGAUUUUAGUAGCGACGGUGAUGAUGAUGAUGGUGAGUUCUCGGAUGUUGAAUAUGAUGCUAAAAGAAAAAGAGCCAAGUUGCAGAGCAGAACCAGAAACAACGGCUCACAGCGAGAUAACUUGAGACAUCCCAGAGAAAGCAGGGGUAUAAGAUCAUCCAACUCUGGGAAAAGCUUUAAAGUUAAAGCCGACCACCUUGACUUUCAAGAUCUCGUUAAUGAUACCGAUAAACAAGACUUCAGUAUUGAGGAGGAAGUUCGUUCUACCAGCAUAAAUGGGAAAGGAAAGUUGAUGACCAAGAAAUCUAUGGAAACUAGAUUCCCUCGUCUAGCAGAAGAAAUAGAGUUGGAUGACAAAUGGUUCCCUCUACUUGAUUAUCUUACAACGUUUGGGCUCAAGGAAUCUCAUUUUCUCCAAAUGUAUGAGAGACACAUGCCUUCCCUUCAAAUAAAUGUUUUAUCUGCACAAGAAAGGCUAGAAUACCUGUUAAGCGUCGGUGUCAAGCAGAGGGAUGUUAGAAGAAUGCUCUUGAGGCAGCCCCAAAUUCUGGAGUACACAGUAGAGAACAAUUUGAAAUCCCAUGUUGCUUUCUUACUGAGUUUGGGAAUCCCAAAUUCCAGAGUGGGGCAGAUAAUUGCUGCUGCUCCAUCUCUCUUUUCUUAUAGUGUUGAGAAUUCAUUAAAGCCCACAGUCCGAUACUUGGUCGAGGAAGUAGGCAUUAAGGAAAAGGAUUUGGGUAAAGUUGUGCAACUGAGUCCUCAAAUCCUGGUUCAGCGGAUUGAUGUAUCAUGGAACACCAGAUAUAUGUUUCUUUCAAAGGAAAUAGGAGCACCUCGUGAUAGUGUUGUGAAAAUGGUAACUAAACAUCCUCAACUCCUCCAUUAUAGCAUUGAUGACGGGUUGCUACCCAGGAUCAAUUUCCUUAGAAGUAUUGGAAUGCGGAAUUCAGAGAUCUUAAAAGUCUUAACUAGUCUUACACAGGUUCUUUCUCUAUCUCUGGAGGAUAAUUUGAAGCCCAAAUAUAAGUAUCUGAUCAACGAACUCCGUAACGAAGUGCAAUCACUGACCAAAUAUCCAAUGUAUCUAAGCUUGUCCUUGGAUCAAAGAAUUCGGCCUCGACACAGAUUUCUGGUUUCUCUUAAGAAAGCACCCAAGGGGCCAUUCCCUCUAAGUUCAUUGGUUCCAACUGAUGAAUGCUUUUGUCAGCAAUGGGCUGAAACCAGCUUAGAUAAGUAUCUGGAAUUUCGGCAGAGAUUGCUAUUGAAGGAGUUCGCCCAGAAAUACGAAAGGAGAUGAUAACGUUAAUAGUCAUCAUAUCAUAUAACUGAACUGACUUGCUCUCACCUCGGAGUUCUUCCAGCUACUCGCAUGAAAGGAAGUGCUUAGAUAGAUGUCACGAGUUCUCGAAUCCUUUAUAUCUAUGCAAAUCCCUUUUCAGCAAGUCAUCACAGUAUCGCUGACUUCGGGAACAUUCUAGUUGUUGUGCGGGUCGUUGAUGGGCAUAAAGCUGCUAACAAUUUGUUUUUUCAUUGCCAAAAUCGGUGCAGAAACUGGUCCAAUUUAGAAGUGGCAGUGAUGGCUACGACCCUUUGGUAAGGCUGGAGAUGGGGCAGCUGAGCUUGGCACAUGCAUACAUACCGUAAGGUCUCAUUUGAAAGUACCUUGAGUAGGACUUCUUCAACCAAACUCCUUAUAAUUCUUUUCCAGGAUCUGCUUGAUAUUUGUAUGGGGUUAUUGAUGUAUGAUGAGUAGAUUCUGAUGAUCUGAUCUUUUUGUGCCUUGGAAAUUCUGUAGACAUUUUUUGUGGCAAAUUUUGGUGGGAUUUUAGAUAUUGUAAUUGACAUCAAUUUUGGUCUUUAAGAAAUUGUUGAAUAUAUCCCUCUUUGAUGGAUUACUUUUCCAAA